AUGGCGGGACAGGUGUUCGAAUUUGCGGACGACGAUCACGUUCUGCAGUACAAGCUGGCCGCGCCCAUCGGAAGCGGCAGUUUUGGGCAGGUGUGGGAGGCCAGCCAGUGGAGCGACGGCCGCUCCACCCACCGCGCGGUGGCCGUGAAAAUCACGGAGCACAUCCUGGACACCGGCACGGAUAAGGCGCAAUUGCGGCGGGACAUUGAGGAUAAAUUGCGCCGGAUACGCAGCAUCCGCAGCGACAACGUUAUCACGUAUUAUCACGCUCGCGUCGACGAUGCGUACGGUCUACUGGAUCCGAUUCUGCAGACCAUCAUCGUCAUGGAAUACUGCACCUUUGGGACGCUGGACACGGUAAUCCGCAGCGCACCGCUCCCCAACGACGAGAUUAAGGACCUCCUCCAGCAGAUCCUGACCGGCGUGGUGGCCAUCCACGCCCACAAGAUCAUCCACGGCGACCUGAAGCCGGCCAACAUUGUUCUGGCCCACGACACCAGCGCCCCUUCCACCGGCGCGCUAAACUCACCGACCUGGACGACCACCUCGCCCUGCUGA